AUGGCACGGUGCGCGGCGGGCGUGAAUUACAAGCAAAACGUGAUUAUUCUCGCUAGUGGCGUGAGGCGUCCCAGUAACUGUCAGCAGGUAUUUGGGUAUUUUCCUUACGACAAAGGACUACCAAAGCGUGUCCUGUUUAUUGAUGUGUUUAGGUGUCUAGUCUGGGAUCUGCGGCUGUGGCAUGUGACGGUGUUUGCUGUUGCUGUUGCUGUCACUAUUGUCAUAUUGGUAGCAAAUUGUAUUAUUUCCGAGCCAUGCAACACGCCACUCUCGGACAUGCAAGAGUGUGAUGAGCAAGGCCGAGGGGGAAAUGGACCCAAGGCGGAAGUGAACCUCUCCGUGGACCUGAGAAGCAACACGCUGCCCUUCACGAUCCCUCGGCUUGGCACGAAGGCCGCCGUGGUGCCGAUUUCGCUGCCGCUGUCGUGGGACGCCGCCAUCCCCCGCCUGUGGGAGGUGCGCGCCAGGAUGGAUGAGAUGAAGCACUCCAUACCCGCCAUUACUAUUUCUCAGCACACCAUACCCGCCAUUACUAUUUCUCAGCACACCAUACCCGCCAUUACUAUUUCUCAGCACUCCAUACCCGCCAUUACUAUUUCUCAGCACACCAUACCCGCCAUUACUAUUACUCAGCACACCAUACCCGCCAUUACUAUUACUCAGCACACCAUACCCGCCAUUACUAUUUCUCAGCACACCAUACCCGCCAUUACUAUUUCUCAGCACACCAUACCCGCCAUUACUAUUACUCAGCACACCAUACCCGCCAUUUCUAUUGCUCAGCACACCAUACCCGCCAUUACUAUUACUCAGCACACCAUACCCGCCAUUUCUAUUGCUCAGCACACCAUACCCGCCAUUACUAUUACUCAGCACACCAUACCCACCAUUACUAUUACUCAGCACACCAUACCCGCCAUUACUAUUACUCAGCACACCAUACCCGCCAUUGCUAUUACUCAGCACACCAUACCCGCCAUUUCCAUUACUCAGCACACCAUACCCGCCAUUACUAUUACUCAGCACACCAUACCCGCCAUUACUAUUUCUCAGCACACCAUACCCGCCAUUACUAUUUCUCAGCACACCAUACCCGCCAUUACUAUUACACAGCACACCAUACCCGCCAUUAUCACCCCGCACACCAUACCCGCCAUUACUACUACACAGCACACCAUACCCGCCAUUACUAUUUCUCAGCACACCAUACCCGCCAUUACUAUUACUCAGCACACCAUACCCGCCAUUACUAUUACUCAGCACACCAUACCCGCCAUUACUAUUUCUCAGCACACCAUACCCGCCAUUACUAUUUCUCAGCACACCAUACCCACCAUUACUAUUACUCAGCACACCAUACCCGCCAUUACUAUUUCUCAGCACACCAUACCCGCCAUUACUAUUACUCAGCACACCAUACCCGCCGUUUCCAUUACUCAGCACACCAUACCCGCCAUUACUAUUACUCAGCACACCAUACCCGCCAUUACUAUUUCUCAGCACACCAUACCCGCCAUUACUAUUACUCAGCACACCAUACCCGCCAUCACUAUUACUCAGCACACCAUACCCGCCAUUAUCACCCCGCACACCAUACCCGCCAUUACUAUUUCUCAGCACACCAUACCCGCCAUUACUAUUUCUCAGCACACCAUACCCGCCAUUAAUAUUUCUCAGCACACCAUACCCGCCAUUACUAUUUCUCAGCACACCAUACCCGCCAUUGCUAUUACUCAGCACACCAUACCCGCCAUUACUAUUACUCAGCACACCAUACCCGCCAUUACUAUUACUCAGCACACCAUAACCGCCAUUGCUAUUACUCAGCACACCAUACCCGCCAUUACUAUCACCCCGCACACCAUACCCGCCAUUUCCAUUACUCAGCACAUCUGCCCUUACUAUUUUCCCUUUGGCGUGAUAACCGAGCCUUAG